AUGGACGUGGACGUGGACGUAGAAAUGGACGUGGACGUGGACGUGGAAGUGGAUAUGGACGUGGACGAGGACAUGGACGUGGACGUGGACGUGGACAUGGACGUGGACGUGGACGUAGAAAUGGACGUGGACAUGGACGUGGACAUGGUUGUGGACGUGGACGUGGACGUGGACGUGGACGUGGACAUGGACGUGGACGUGGACGUGGACGUGGACGUGGACAUGGACGUGGACAUGGAGGUGGACGUGGACGUGGACGUGGACGUGGACGUGGACAUGGACGUGGACGUGGACGUGGACGUGGACAUGGACAUGGACAUGGACGUGGACGUGGACGUGGAGGUGGACAUGGACGUGGACGUGGACGUGGACGUGGACGUUGACGUGGACGUAGACGUGGACGUGGACGUGGACGUGGACGUGGACGUGGACGUAGACAUGGACGUUGGACGUGGACGUGGACGUGGACAAAUGGACGUGGACGUGGACAUGGACGUGGACGUGGACGUGGACGUAGAAAUGGACGUGGACGUGGACGUGGACGUGGACGUGGACGUGGACAUGGACGUGGACAUGGACGUGGACGUGGACGUGGACAUGGACGUGGACGUGGACGUGGACGUGGACGUGGACGUGGACGUGGACGUGGACGUGAACGUGGACGCAGACGUGGACGUGGACGUGGACAUGGACGUGGACGUGGACGUGGACGUGGACGUGGACAUGGACGUAGACAUGGACGUAGACGUGGACGUGGACGUGGACAUGGACAUGGACGUGGACAUGGACGUGGACGUGGACGUGGACGUGGACGUGGACGUGGACAUGGACGUGGACGUGGACGUAGAGAUGGACAUGGACGUGGACGUGGACAUGGACGUGGACGUAGAAAUGGACGUGGACGUGGACGUGGACAUGGACGUGGACGUGGACAUGGACGUGUACGUGGACGUGGACAUGGACGUGGACAUGGACGUGGACAUGGACGUGGACGUGGACAUGGACGUGGACAUGGACGUGGACGUGGACGUCGACGUGGACGUGGAAAUGGACGUGGACGUGGACGUAGAAAUGGACGUGGACGUGGACGUGGACGUGGACAUGGACGUGGACAUGGACAUGGACGUGGACGUAGACGUGGACGUGGACAUGGACAUGGACGUGGACGUGGACGUGGACGUGGACGUGGACGUGGGCGUGGACGUGGACGUGGACGUGGACGUGGACGUGGACGUAGAAAUGGACGUGGACGUGGACGUGGACGUGGACAUGGACGUGGACGUGGACGUGGAUGUGGACGUGGACAUGGACGUGGACGUGGACGUGGAGAUGGACGUGGACGUGGACGUGGACGUGGACGUGGACGUGGACAUGGACGUGGACGUGGACAUGGACGUAGACAUGGACGUGGACAUGGACGUGGACGUCAACGUGGAUAUGGACGUGUACAUGGACGUGGACGUGGACGUGGACGUGGACGUGGACGUGGACGUGGACGUGGACGUAGACGUAGACGUGGACGUGGACGUGGACGUGGACGUGGACAUGGACGUGGACAUGGACGUGGACAUGGACGUGGACGUGGACGUGGACGUAGACGUAGACGUGGACGUAGACGUGGACGUGGACGUGGACAUGGACGUGGACGUAGACGUGGACGUGGACGUGGACGUGGACGUGGACGUGGACGUGGGCGUGGACGUGGACGUGGACAUGGACGUAGACGUAGAAAUGGACGUGGACGUGGACAUGGACGUGGACGUGGACAUGGACGUGGACGUGGACGUGGACAUGGACGUGGACAUGGACAUGGACAUGGACGUGGACGUGGACAUGGACGUGGACGUGGACCUGGACGUGGACGUGGACGUGGAAAUGGAAGUGGACGUGGACGUAGAAAUGGACGUGGACGUGGACGUGGACAUGGACGUGGACGUGGACAUGGACGUGGACGUAGACGUGGACGUGGACAUGGACGUGGGCGUGGGCGUAGACGUGGACGUGGACGUGGACGUGGACGUGGACGUGGAUGUGGACGUGGACAUGGACAUGGAAGUGGACGUGGACGUGGACGUAGAAAUGGACGUGGACAUGGACGUGGACAUGGACGUGGACGUGGACGUGGACGUGGACGUGGACGUGGACAUGGACGUGAACGUGGACGUGGACAUGGACGUGGACAUGGACGUGGACAUGGACGUGGACAUGGACGUGGACGUGGACGUGGACGUGGACCUGGACGUGGACCUGGACGUGGACGUGGACGUGGACGUGGACGUGGACAUGGACGUGGACAUGGACGUGGACGUGGACGUGGACGUGGACGUGGACGAGGACGUGGACAUGGACGUGGACGUGGACGUGGACGUGGACGUGGACGUGGACGUAGACGUGGACGUAGACGUGGACGUGGACGUGGACAUGGACGUGGACAUGGACGUGGACUUGGACGUGGACGUGGACGUGGACGUGGACGUAGACGUGGACCUGGACGUGGACGUGGACAUGGACGUGGACGUGGACAUGGACGUGGACGUGGACAUGGACGUGGACGUGGACGUGGACAUGGACAUGGACGUGGACAUGGACAUGGACGUGGACGUGGACGUGGACAUGGACGUGGACGUGGACGUGGACGUGGACGUAGAAAUGGACGUGGACGUGGACGUGGACAUGGACGUGGACGAAGAAGUGGACGUGGACGUGGACAUGGACGUGGACGUGGACAUGGACGUGGACGUGGACGUGGACGUGGACGUAGACGUAGACAUGGACGUGGACAUGGAGGUGGACGUGCACGUGCACGUGGACAUGGACGUGGACGUGGACGUGGACGUGGUCGUGGACAUGGACGUGGACAUGGACGUGGACGUGGACGUGGACGUGGACAUGGACGUGGACGUGGACGUGGACGUGGACGUAGAAAUGGACGUGGACGUGGACGUGGACAUGGACGUGGACGUGGACAUGGACGUGUACGUGGACGUGGACAUGGACGUGGACAUGGACGUGGACAUGGACGUGGACGUGGACAUGGACGUGGACAUGGACGUGGACGUGGACGUCGACGUGGACGUGGAAAUGGACGUGGACGUGGACGUAGAAAUGGACGUGGACGUGGACGUGGACGUGGACAUGGACGUGGACAUGGACAUGGACGUGGACGUAGACGUGGACGUGGACAUGGACAUGGACGUGGACGUGGACGUGGACGUGGACGUGGACGUGGACGUGGGCGUGGACGUGGACGUGGACGUGGACGUGGACGUGGACGUAGAAAUGGACGUGGACGUGGACGUGGACGUGGACAUGGACGUGGACGUGGACGUGGAUGUGGACGUGGACAUGGACGUGGACGUGGACGUGGAGAUGGACGUGGACGUGGACGUGGACGUGGACGUGGACGUGGACAUGGACGUGGACGUGGACAUGGACGUAGACAUGGACGUGGACAUGGACGUGGACGUCAACGUGGAUAUGGACGUGUACAUGGACGUGGACGUGGACGUGGACGUGGACGUGGACGUGGACGUGGACGUGGACGUGGACGUAGACGUAGACGUGGACGUGGACGUGGACGUGGACGUGGACAUGGACGUGGACAUGGACGUGGACAUGGACGUGGACGUGGACGUGGACGUAGACGUAGACGUGGACGUAGACGUGGACGUGGACGUGGACAUGGACGUGGACGUAGACGUGGACGUGGACGUGGACGUGGACGUGGACGUGGACGUGGGCGUGGACGUGGACGUGGACAUGGACGUAGACGUAGAAAUGGACGUGGACGUGGACAUGGACGUGGACGUGGACAUGGACGUGGACGUGGACGUGGACAUGGACGUGGACAUGGACAUGGACAUGGACGUGGACGUGGACAUGGACGUGGACGUGGACCUGGACGUGGACGUGGACGUGGAAAUGGAAGUGGACGUGGACGUAGAAAUGGACGUGGACGUGGACGUGGACAUGGACGUGGACGUGGACAUGGACGUGGACGUAGACGUGGACGUGGACAUGGACGUGGGCGUGGGCGUAGACGUGGACGUGGACGUGGACGUGGACGUGGACGUGGAUGUGGACGUGGACAUGGACAUGGAAGUGGACGUGGACGUGGACGUAGAAAUGGACGUGGACGUGGACGUGGACAUGGACGUGGACGUGGACGUGGACGUGGACGUGGACGUGGACAUGGACGUGAACGUGGACGUGGACAUGGACGUGGACAUGGACGUGGACAUGGACGUGGACAUGGACGUGGACGUGGACGUGGACGUGGACCUGGACGUGGACCUGGACGUGGACGUGGACGUGGACGUGGACGUGGACAUGGACGUGGACAUGGACGUGGACGUGGACGUGGACGUGGACGUGGACGAGGACGUGGACAUGGACGUGGACGUGGACGUGGACGUGGACGUGGACGUGGACGUAGACGUGGACGUAGACGUGGACGUGGACGUGGACAUGGACGUGGACAUGGACGUGGACUUGGACGUGGACGUGGACGUGGACGUGGACGUAGACGUGGACCUGGACGUGGACGUGGACAUGGACGUGGACGUGGACAUGGACGUGGACGUGGACAUGGACGUGGACGUGGACGUGGACAUGGACAUGGACGUGGACAUGGACAUGGACGUGGACGUGGACGUGGACAUGGACGUGGACGUGGACGUGGACGUGGACGUAGAAAUGGACGUGGACGUGGACGUGGACAUGGACGUGGACGAAGAAGUGGACGUGGACGUGGACAUGGACGUGGACGUGGACAUGGACGUGGACGUGGACGUGGACGUGGACGUAGACGUAGACAUGGACGUGGACAUGGAGGUGGACGUGCACGUGCACGUGGACAUGGACGUGGACGUGGACGUGGACGUGGUCGUGGACAUGGACGUGGACGUGGACGUGGUCAUGGACGUGGACGUGGACGUGGACGUGGACGUGAACGUGGACGUGGUCGUGGUCGUGGACGUGGACGUGGACGUGGUCAUGGACGUGGACGUGGACAUGGACGUGGUCGUGGUCGUGGACAUGGACGUGGACGUGGUUGUGGACGUGGACGUGGAGGACGUGGACGUGGAGGACGUGGACGUGGACGUGGAGGACGUGGACGAGGACGUGGAGGACGUGGACGUGGACGUGGACGUGGACGUGGAAGUGGACGUGGACGUGGACGUGGACCUGGACGUGGACCUGGACGUGGAACUGGACGUGGACGUGGACGUGGACAAGGACGUGGAAGUGGACGUGGACAUGGACGUGGACCUGGACGUGGACCUGGACGUGGACAUGGACGUGGACAUGGACGUGGACAUGGACGUGGACGUGGACGUGGACGUGGACGUAGACAUGGACGUGGACGUGGACGUGGACGUGCACAUGGACAUGGACGUGGACGUGGACGUCGACAUGGACGUGGACAUGGACAUGGACAUGGACGUGGACGUGGACGUGGACAUGGACGUAGAAAUGGACGUGGACGUGGACGUAGACAUGGACGUAGAAAUGGACAUGGACGUGGACGUGGACGUGGACGUAGACGUGGACGUGGACGUAGACAUGGACGUUGACGUGGACGUGGACAUGGACGUGGACGUGGACGUAGAAAUGGAGGUGGACGUGGACGUGGACUUGGACGUUGACGUGGACGUGGACCUGGACGUUGACGUGCGCGUGGACGUGGACGUGGACGUGGAGGACGUGGACGUGGAGGUGGACGUGGACGUGGACAUGGACGUGGACGGGGACAUGGACGAGGACGAGGACGUGGACGUGGACGUGGAUGGACGUGGACGUGGACGUGGACGUGGACGUGGUCACGUGGACGUGGACGUGGACGUCGACGUGGACGUGAACGUGGACGUGGACGUGGACGUGGACGAGGAGGAGGACGUGGACAUGGACGUGGACGUGGACGUGGACGUGGACGUGGACGUAGAAAUGGAGGUGGACGAGGACGUGGACCUGGACGUUGACGUGGACGUGGACCUGGACGUUGAUGUGCGCGUGGACGUGGACGUGGACGUGGAGGACGUGGAUGUGGACGUGGACGUGGACAUGGACGUGGACGUGGAGGACAUGGACGUGGACGUGGACGUGGACGUGGACGUGGACGUGGACGUAGAAAUGGACGUGGACGUGAACGUGGACGUUGACGCGGACGUGGACGUGGACGUGGACGCCGACGUGGACGUGGACCUGGACGUUGACGUGGAUCUGGACGAGGACGUGGACGUGGACGUGGAGGACAUGGACGUGGACGUGGACGUGGACGUCGACGUAGAAAUGGACGUGGACGUGGACGUGGACGUGGACCUGGACCUGGACCUGGACCUGGACCUGGACGUUGACGUGCACGUGGACGUGGACAUGGACGUGGACGUGGAGGACAUGGACGUGGACGUGGACGUUGAUUUGGACGUGGACGUGGACGUGGACAUGGACGUGGACGUGGACGUGGACGUGGACGUGGACGUGGACGUGGACAUGGACGUGGACAUGGACGUGGACGUGGACGUGGACGUGGACAUGGACGUGGACGUGGACGUGGACGUGGACCAGGACGUGGAUGUGCACGUGGAGGUGGACGUGGACGUGGACGUGGACGUGGACCUAGACGUUGACGUGCACGUGGACGUGGACCUGGACGUGGACGUGGACGUGCAGGACAUGGACGUGGAUGUGGACGUGGACGUGGACGAGGACGAGGACGUGGACGUGGACGUGGACGUGGACGAGGACGUGGACGAGGACGUGGACGUGGACGUGGACGUGGACGUGGACGUGGACCUGGACCUGGACGUUGACGUGCACGUGGACGUGGACGUGGACGUGGACGUGGAGGACAUGGACGUGGACGUGGACGUGGACGUUGACGUGGACGUGGACGUGGACAUGGACGUGGACGUGGACGUGGACGUGGACGUGGACGUGGACAUGGACGUGGACGUGGACGUGGACGUGGACGUGGACGUGGACGUGGAGGACAUGGACGUGGACGUGGACGUGGACGUUGACGUGGACGUGGACAUGGACGUGGACGAGGAGGAGGACAAGGACGUGGACGUGGACGUGGACGUGGAGGUGAACGUGGACGUGGACAUGGACGUACACGUGAACGUGGACGUGGACGUGGACAUGGACAUGGACGUGGACGUGGACGAGGACGUGGACGUGGACGUGGAUGGACGUGGACGUGGACAAAUGGACGUGGACGUGGACGUGGACAUGGACGUGGACGUGGACAGGGACGUAGACGUAGACGUGGACGUGGACAUGGACGUGGGCGUGGGCGUAGACGUGGACGUGGACGUGGACGUGGACGUGGACGUGGACAUGGACAUGGACGUGGACGUGGAUGUAGAAAUGGACGUGGACGUGGACGUGGACAUGGACGUGGACGUGGACGUGGACGUGGACGUGGACGUGGACAUGGACGUGAACGUGGACGUGGACAUGGACGUGGACAUGGACGUGGACAUGGACGUGGACAUGGACGUGGACGUGGACGUGGACGUGGACGUGGACGUGGACCUGGACGUGGACGUGGACGUGGACGUGGACGUGGACGUGGACGUGGACGUGGACGUGGACGUGGACGUGGACGUGGACGAGGACGUGGACAUGGACGUGGACGUGGACGUGGACGUGGACGUGGACGUGGACGUGGACGUGGACGUGGACGUGGACGUAGACGUAGACGUGGACGUAGACGUGGACGUGGACGUGGACAUGGACGUGGACAUGGACGUGGACUUGGACGUGGACGUGGAUGUGGACGUGGCCGUGGACGUGGACGUGGCCGUGGACGUGGACAUGGACGUGGACGUGGACGUGGACAUGGACGUGGACGUAGAAGUGGACGUGGACGUGGACGUGGACGUGGACGUGGACAUGGACGUGGACGUGGACGUGGACGUGGACGUGGACGUGGACGUAGACGUAGACAUGGACGUGGACAUGGAGGUGGACGUGCACGUGCACGUGGACAUGGACGUGGACGUGGACGUGGACGUGGUCGUGGACGUGGACGUGGACUUGGACGUGGUCAUGGACGUGGACGUGGACGUGGACGUCGACGUGAACGUGGACGUGGUCGUGGUCGUGGACGUGGACGUGGACGUGGUCAUGGACGUGGACGUGGACAUGGACGUGGUCGUGGUCGUGGACAUGGACGUGGACGUGGUUGUGGACGUGGACGUGGAGGACGUGGACGUGGAGGACGUGGACGAGGACGUGGAGGACGUGGACAUGGACGUGGACGUGGACGUGGAAGUGGACGUGGACGUGGACGUGGACCUGGACGUGGACCUGGACGUGGAACUGGACGUGGACGUGGACGUGGACAAGAACGUGGAAGUGGACAUGGACGUGGACCUGGACGUGGACCUGGACGUGGACAUGGACGUGGACAUGGACGUGUACAUGGACGUGGACGUGGACGUGGACGUGGACGUAGACAUGGACGUGGACGUGGACGUGGACGUGCACAUGGACAUGGACGUGGACGUGGACGUCGACAUGGACGUGGACAUGGACAUGGACAUGGACGUGGACGUGGACGUGGACAUGGACGUAGAAAUGGACGUGGACGUGGACGUAGACAUGGACGUAGAAAUGGACGUGGACGUGGACGUGGACGUAGACGUGGACGUGGACGUAGACAUGGACGUGGACAUGGACGUUGACGUGGACGUGGACGUGGACGUGGACGUGGACGUAGAAAUGGAGGUGGACGUGGACGUGGACUUGGACGUUGACGUGGACGUGGACCUGGACGUUGACGUGCGCGUGGACGUGGACGUGGACGUGGAGGACGUGGACGUGGAGGUGGACGUGGACGUGGACAUGGACGUGGACGGGGACGUGGACGAGGACGAGGACGUGGACGUGGACGUGGAUGGACGUGGACGUGGACGUGGACGUGGACGUGGACGUGGACGUGGUCGUGGUCACGUGGACGUGGACGUGGACGUGGACGUGGACGUGAACGUGGACGUGGACGUGGACGUGGACGAGGAGGAGGACGUGGACAUGGACGUGGACGUGGACGUGGACGUGGACGUGGACGUAGAAAUGGAGGUGGACGAGGACGUGGACCUGGACGUUGACUUGGACGUGGACCUGGACGUUGACGUGCGCGUGGACGUGGACGUGGACGUCGAGGACAUGGAUGUGGACGUGGACAUGGACGUGGACGUGGACGUGGACGUGGACGUGGACGUGGACCUGGACGUCGAUGGCAUGGACGUGGAUGUGGACGUGGACAUGGACGUGGACGUGGACGUGGACGUGGACGUGGACGUGGACGUGGACGUGGACAUGGACGUGGACGUGGACGUGGAGGACAUGGACGUGGACGUGGACGUGGACGUGGACGUGGACGUAGAAAUGGACGUGGACGUGAACGUGGACGUUGACGCGGACGUGGACGUGGACGUGGACGUCGACGUGGACGUGGACCUGGACGUUGACGUGGAUCUGGACGAGGACGUGGACGUGGACGUGGAGGACAUGGACGUGGACGUGGACGUGGACGUGGACGUGGACCUGGACGUGGACGUGGACGUGGACGUGGACCUGGACCUGGACGUUGACGUGCACGUGGACGUGGACAUGGACGUGGACGUGGAGGACAUGGACGUGGACGUGGACGUGGACGUUGACGUGGACGUGGACGUGGACGUGGACAUGGACGUGGACGUGGACGUGGACGUGGACAUGGACGUGGACAUGGACGUGGACGUGGACGUGGACGUGGACGUGGACAUGGACGUGGACGUGGACGUGGACCAGGACGUGGACGUGCAUGUGGAGGUGGACGUGGACGUGGACGUGGACGUGGACCUGGACGUUGACGUGCACGUGGACGUGGACCUGGACGUGGACGUGGACGUGGAGGACAUGGACGUGGACGUGGACGUGGAUGUGGACGUGGACGAGGACGAGGACGUGGACGUGGACGUGGACGUGGACGAGGACGUGGACGAGGACGUGGACGUGGACGUGGACGUGGACGUGGACGUGGACCUGGACCUGGACGUUGACGUGCACGUGGACGUGGACGUGGACGUGGACGUGGAGGACAUGGACGUGGACGUGGACGUGGACGUUGACGUGGACGUGGACGUGGACGUGGACAUGGACGUGGACGUGGACGUGGACGUGGACGUGGACGUGGACGUGGACAUGGACGUGGACCUGGACGUGGACGUGGACGUGGACGUGGACGUGGACCUGGACCUGGACGUUGACGUGCACGUGGACGUGGACGUGGACGUGGACGUGGAGGACAUGGACGUGGACGUGGACGUGGACGUUGACGUGGACGUGGACGUGGACGUGGACGAGGAGGAGGACAAGGACGUGGACGUGGACGUGGACGUGGACGUGGAGGUGGACGUGGACGUGGACGUGGACAUGGACGUACACGUGAACGUGGACGUGGACGUGGACAUGGACAUGGACGUGGACGUGGACGUGGACGUGGACCUGGUCGUGGACGUGGACGUGGACGUGGACGUGGACGUGGACAUGGACGUGGACGUGGACGUGGACGUGGACAUGGACGUGGACGUGGACGUGGAGGUGGACGUGGACGUGGUCAUGGACGUGGACGUGGACGUGGACGUGGACGUGGACGUGGACGUGGACGUGGACAUGGACGUGGACAUGGACGUGGACAUGGACGUGGACGUGGACAUGGACGUGGACGUAGACAUGGACAUGGUCGUGGACAUGGACAUGGACGUGGACAUGGACAUGGUCGUGGACAUGGACAUGGUCGUGGACGUGGACGUGGACAUGGACAUGGUCGUGGACAUGGACAUGGUCGUGGACAUGGACAUGGACGUGGACAUGGACGUGGAUAUGGACAUGGUCGUGGACGUGGACGUGGACGUGGACAUGGACGUUGACGUGGACAUGGACGUGGUCAUGGACGUGGACGUGGACGUGGACAUAGACGUGGACGUGGACGUGGACAUAGAUGUGGACGUGGACAUAGAUGUGGUCGUUGUCGUGGACGUGGACUUGUGUCUUGUCUAG